AUGUAUGGAUACAGAAUUUCGCUGAUGCGUGAUGAGCAGGGCAAGCUCGCGGAGCUGUCGGCGGACGAACAAAGCAAGCUGUUGAGAGACGCGGACGGCAUCGUGACGCUGCCGAAGCAGCUGUGGAGCGUGUUCAAGGAGCACGGCGACGGCGAGUUCCUGUGCAAGGUGGGGUGGGUUCUGGGCGGCGGCGGCGCGGUGACGUCGCGGUACGUUCUGUGCAAGGACGGAGACGUCAAGGCAAGUGUUUCGGACCUUCAGCAAUCAGCACAGGUGUGCGCAGCUCCAGCCUUAUUUCGCCGGAGAUUCAGAGACUAAUUUGCAGCGCUCGCUGCUGCCUACGAGUCUCAGGUUUCGUUGGGCACUUGACUUGAGCCGUCAGCUCCAUCCAGGUUUGAUCAGAUAUUCAGAUUCUAUGUAGAAUAGAUCAAUAGAAUGGGCACUCAUACUGCAACAAACAUAGUGGCUCAGAGCGCUGCUCUUUUUGUCAUACAACAAACAUACUCUCAUACAGUAGAAUGGGCGCUCGUACUGUCA